AUGAGCCAGCCACAGAGCAUCAUCACGCAGGUGUCCCCUGAGCAGCAGCUGGGGGGCUCGCAGCUGAUGACAGAGCAAAUCGAACCUGACUACUACGACGAGAACACGCUCAUACACUUGAACAUCCAGGGCCGGCACUACUACAUCACGCGGGAGCAGUUGAUGUCGCUCCCCGAGUCAUUGUUGCUCUGUUUUUUCCCGAGCGGCGUCUUCAUGAACCGGGAAGGGCAGGUCAUCACGAACUUGACGCCCGAGGACGAGGUGUACAUCGCGAACUUCCCGCCCAAGUGCUUUGAGUCCAUCAUGGAGACGUACACGACGGCACAGCGGGACCUCGAGAACUUCCCCGUGGGCGAGUUCGGGCGGCGCGCGCCGCACGCAGGCCCCAAGGGCUUCCUCGGGCUCACCCCCUCGCAGAGCCAGCCGAUGUCGGAGUCCCAGAUCUUGCACGAAAAGCCCGCCAUCAUCGUCUUGCGCGAGGACCUGGACUACUACUGCGUGCCCUCGGUCUCGCUGGCCCUGGAGGACGGCUCCCGCGAGGGCCAGGAUAUCCUCCUGGAACAAUUGAUGGCGCAAGUAAAGAAUGCUGCAGGCAGCCACUUGUGUCAGCAACGCUCGGUUUUCAAGGGGCUCUACUCCUCGAACCGCGUGCGCCGCCCGGACGCGCAGCACCAGCCCGACCAGCUCGGCCCCGCCGAGCAGCAUCUCAUGGACAUGUUGUGUGCCAGCGGCUUCCGCGAGCACUCCGACUGGGGCAACCGCUCCCAGGAGCCCGGCAAGACCGUCAUCAGCUCGCUCUCGCUCUGCCGCCUCAUGAACGAGACCGUGCAGGAGUUCCGCGACCAGGUGGCCGCCGCGCGCCGCCGCUACGACGAGGACCACGUGACCCCGGACGCCGCGUCCGCUCCCCCGUCACGUGACCAGAAGCGCAAGUCGCGCCUCUCCACCUUCACGGACAACGUGCGCUCGCGCUCGUCCUCGCGCACCCGCUCGUCCUCGCGCGCGCCGCGCGAGCCCUCGCUCUACGACCUCGUGCCGCGCCCGGAGAUAAACACGAAGCUCUUGUUGUUUUGGAAGAAGCCCGCGCGCAAGUGCUGGUGGGGCCUCGAGACUAUCACCGUCGACGUCCAGCUGAACGGCCACUACGACAGCGAGUCAGGCACGCUCGUGCUCUCGCGCAACAGCCCUCUCUGCGUUCUCACUAUUCCCGUCAAUUUGCACAUACGCAGGGUCUGGACCCUAGAGUUAUCCGUAGUAGGCAUGCAAUAG